CUCCCUUUUGCUCCCCCCAAAAAUGUAUUCAAACGCUCCUCUGCAAGCUUCCACUGAGCUUGUGCUUACCCUACACCAACACCAGGUUGCAGUUGGGUGAAGCAGUUAUCCCUCUGGAUAAUCCGUGAUACCCUUUUUCAACCUACAAUUUCGAUUGAAGUUAGUGCUCGACACUUUGAAGUGCCGACAUCACUCAACCCACUACACUCAAUUUCGUUGCGCUCUUUCGCAACUUCUGGGAGCACACGACCUCGGAUAUCUUGCGUACGACACCUCAGGUCGUACUAUUUUUGAGGAUUCCUAGUCGCACAAUUGAUCCGUCGAUAUGUGUGGAAUUUUGGGGUUGAUCCUUGGCGACAUUGAAGAUCCGUCUUCCACAACAGCGGCGGCCGACCUUCACGAUGCCCUGUACUAUCUUCAACACAGAGGACAAGAUGCUUGCGGUAUAGCAACCUGUGCAUCUGGUGGACGCAUCUACCAGUGCAAGGGAAAUGGAAUGGCCGCCAAGGUCUUCCAUGACGGCUCCCGUGUCCAAGACCUCCCCGGUUUCAUGGGACUCGGGCAUCUACGAUACCCGACGGCGGGUAGCAGCGCCAGCGCGGAAGCACAGCCAUUCUAUGUCAACAGCCCCUACGGGAUUACGCUCGCGCACAACGGAAACCUCAUCAAUGCCGAGGAGCUCCGAAAGUUCUUGGAUAUUGAUGCUCACCGUCACAUCAACACCGAGAGUGACAGCGAGUUGAUGCUUAACAUCUUUGCCAACGAGCUCAACGAGACUGGAAAGGCUCGUGUCAACGAGGAAGAUAUUUUCUCGGCGUUGACGAGGAUGUACAAGAGGUGCGUCGGAGGAUGGGCCUGUACUGCCAUGUUGGCUGGCUUUGGAAUCCUCGGGUUCCGUGAUCCUUACGGCAUUCGCCCGCUUGUCCUUGGAUCCAGGUCUUCUGGUACUCUCAAGGGAGCAACCGAUUACAUGAUGGCAUCCGAGUCUGUCGCUCUUCGCCAGUUGGGGUUCACCAACAUCGUUGACAUUCUUCCCGGCCAGGCCGUUAUCCUGAGGAAGGGUGCCGAGCCAGUGUUCCGCCAGGUAGUACCACAACUGGCUUAUUCCCCUGACAUCUUUGAGUUUGUCUACUUUGCUCGCCCAGAUACUAUUAUCGAUGGUAUUAGCGUUCAAAGGAGUCGGGUCAAUAUGGGUUACAAGCUUGCUGAUACCAUCGUCAAGACACUCGGUGCGGAAGCUAUCAAAGAUAUCGAUGUUGUUAUUCCAAUUCCGGAAACUUCGAAUACUGCUGCGGCUGCACUUGCUGAGAAGCUCAAGUUGCCGUAUUCCCAAGGCUUUGUCAAGAACAGAUACGUGUUCCGCACCUUCAUCAUGCCUGGCCAGGGCAACCGCCAGAAGAGCGUUCGGAGGAAACUCAGCGCUAUGGAGUCCGAGUUCCGUGGACGCACCGUCCUGCUCGUCGAUGACAGUAUAGUCCGCGGCACCACGUCUCGGGAGAUUGUCAGCAUGGCAAGGGAAGCCGGUGCGCACAAAGUCAUCUUCGCAAGUUGUUCGCCUCCCAUCACCCAUGCUCAUAUCUACGGUAUCGACCUGGCUUCUCCAUUGGAGCUUAUCGCCCACAACCGCGACAGGCACGCCAUUGCCAAGCACAUCGGUGCUGAGGAGGUCAUCUUCCAGACACUUGACGAUCUCACGGCUUCGUGUGCAGAGUUAUCCCCGCGUGAUCCUGCCACUCAAGAGUUCGAGGUCGGUGUCUUCUGCGGUAAAUACGCAACCCCGGUUACGGAUGGCUACUUUGAGCACCUUGAGAAGCUUCGCGGUGAGAGCCGCAAGAUGAAGGUGCUUGAGACUGCAAAGGACAAUGUCUUGAACGGUGUCGCUGAUGAGGAGGACAUCAAUGUGAUCACCCAAGGAAUCGCUGUCACAUCAAAGAGUGAAGUUAUCCCGGAUGCGCCUGAUAACAGCAAUGGUGCCGUACAUGAUUAUGAGGAGGCUGGCCAUGCUCGCCGUAAGAAGGAGAGAGAAGAUGCUACUGGUGGUACUGCCACACUUGUGAGGGAUCGUGUUGAUAUCAGUCUACAUAAUUUCGCCAAUGAGCCUAGAUCUGGUUACGAAUAAACGACGCAAUUUUGGGUAUGGAGCAUUUGGACUGGUUCUGUUUUGAUGAUAGAUGGUGGAGAGAAGGCGUUUAUGGUUGGACUCAUAGACUCGGUCUCUCUAUUCGAGUGAAGAUGCCGCUAUAGCCAUAUCUUGUAGACGCCUCUAUACAAUUCGAUAUGAAUUACACAUUGUAACA